AUGGAGGAUGAGGAUGGCCAGCAAGGGCAAGGGUAAGGAUUUUUAUUUUACUUUUACUUUUGCUUUGCCCCCUUUCCAUUUGCUUUGUUUCCUUUCGAACUUUCUCCUCCUUCCUGUGAUAGCUAACCCUUUCCCUUCCGUUCAACAUAGACAUCGUCGAACUCGGUCCGCCAUGGUUUCCUUGCUCGCUCCCUCUCACUCCCAUCGUUCGAAAUCUCAUUCUCGACACGCGUCGACUACAGCUACUCCCAGUUCUUCCCAGCAAAACAUAGAAUCACCCCCGGGUGCUACACCAGCACCAAGUGUCAAAGGCUCGGUCCGAGGUCCCGUUAAACCGGAACUCCAACCCGAAAUGUCAUCCUCUUCAACAGUGUCCCUUACCAACUCAGGAGUUCUGGUAGCAGGCCCCAGUGGCAGCGGGAGGACCGUGGAAGAGACGGUACGAAAUUUUAGAUUGUACGAAGCACUCCGGUGCGGGGAUACUGCUGCGAUUACACGCGCAAUCCGAGAGUCAUACGGGGAAAAUGGGGUAAGGUCUUCCAUUGCAUCCUCGGCGGAGGCCUUUUCUAGCACUGCCAAGUCUUCCGUUCUUCACCUUGCUGUCCAAUGUGCGGAACUUCCUGUCUUGGAGUACAUACUUUCAACAACAACAACCGAUCUAGAUGCCGAAUCGAGCCUACCGUACCUGGAUAUCAAUAAACGAGACCCCAAUACUGGCAAUACCCCUCUUCAUGUAGCUGCGCAUCUGGGCCGUGCUGAGGUGGUUUCUCUUCUCCUUAAACAACCUGAUAUCAACGACAGCAUCCACAAUUACAACAACCGGACCCCCCUUGAGGUUUCCAGGACUCCCCAAAUAUUCCAAAUGCUCCAACUUGCAAGGUCCAUCUACCUCGAAGAGAUCACCGAAGAACUCUAUAACCUGAUAAAUAACCAGUCUUAUAGCGAAAUAGAGACCCUCUUGGAGAUACCGAGAGUUAAGGGGCUGUUGGACCUGAAUACGCUUGAACCCCCCACAAAUGGCGGGUCAACGUUGUUACACGAUGCGGCUAGGAAAAAGGACAUCAAGCUUAUCAAAAUAUUGUUGCUUCAUGGAGCUGAUCCCUUCCGAAGAGAUAAGAAAGGGAAAUUACCACAAGACGUGAUCAAGGAUGAAAAAACCAAGAACGUAUUAAAGAAGAGUGAAGCUGCGAAAGCCGCAGCUAGGGGAAUUGAGGAACGGGCUGUACUUGGGAGCGCAGCCGAGGCUGUCAGCGGUGCUCCCAGCAUGGGGGCUGAUGGGUUUUCUUCCAGCAUUGGCGGGAAAGAGGGUAGGGAGACAAAAGGUUAUCUUAAAAAAUGGACCAACUAUACUACCGGGUACAAGUUAAGAUGGUUUGUCUUGGAGGAUGGUGUGUUAAGCUAUUACAAACACCAGGGUAAUUCCGUGAAUACGAAUUUCCAUUGAAUGUCAGCUGACUAUUUUUAGAUGACAUCGGUUCUGCCUGCCGUGGUGCGAUAAAUAUGAGGAUAGCUAAACUCCAUAUGGACCCCCAAGACAAACAGCGAUUCGAAAUUCACGGAAAAGGCAGUGUCAAGUAUCAUCUGAAGGCGAACCAUGUUGUUGAAGCUAAGCGUUGGUAUUGGACCCUCAAUAAUGCAAUCCAGUUCGCCAAGGACGAAGCACGGGAGGAAGAGAGACGAAAGCGAGGAGAGGCAGAGAAGCUAGGAAAGAUUCGGGAACAGGCGAGGAAUGAGGACGGUGGAGCGGUAACCGACAAGAGCAGGCGCGGAAGUAAGGCUGGUAGCAUGAUCAGCGAUAUUAAGCGGGGUGGUCUUCGCACGAGGGGCGGCGGCCCCGCCGACGACGAUAGCGAUUCUUAUGAGCCUAGUGUUGGCGCAUCGGGGAUUCUGGUUCGUAGGGAUGGUGAAGGAGUUGAAGAGGGUCAGGAUGUUGAUGAUGACGAUUCAUCUUCUCAUGUUCAUGCUGAGCCUCCUUCCUCAGAUGCCCUUGCACUUACAGCAAAUUCUGCGAGAUUACAGCUCGAUUUGUUGUCGCAAGUUGUACUUGCUCUGCAGUUUGAGCAUGCUAAUAACCCUUCCUUGACUCUGAGCGAUCCCACCGUUACUGCCGCCUUGACUAGCUAUGACUCUGCUGUUUCCAGCCUGAAGACCCUCAUCGGCGACUGUUUAGCAAUGAGCAAAGAGAGGGAUGCUUACUGGAGGUAUAGGAUGGAGAAGGAGGUUGCGUUGAGAAGGCUAUGGGAGGAGAACAUGGCCCUUCUCGCCCAUGAACAAGAUGAGCUUGAGGGCAAGGUUAUAGGAGAGAGGCAGAGGCGGAAAAAGGCGAAGAAGGCAUUAAAGGAAGCUCUUAAGAGGAGCGAGAGUAUGCCCCUGAGCCCACACGAGCUCCCAGAGGGUGCUGGCAAAGGAAUUGAGGGUGUUGGUAGAAAGCUUGAAGAGGUGGAACUCGACAACGAAGGUGUGGCUAGAAGGGAUGCCACAGACCCCUCGUUGGCCGAAGCGGUGGGGGAGGGUUUGAGCGAUAGUGACAGCGACAGUGACGCUAGUGCCGAAUUCUUUGACGCUGUUGACAAUGGAGAGGUCGAAGUUAUGACCGAAAUGCCCACAAACAUCAAGAGCCCAGGAUCAUCGGAAACUAGGGAACUCUUAUCGCCGAUAGAGAGCUCCUUAGGGGAUGUGAGGGAGAAAAAGCUGGUCGCAAUCAAAGGCAGUUUUAGAGGAUACGAAGAUGGUAUACGAGAGAGGUUAUCGAUGGAUGCCGAUGAUCGUCCGAAAAUAUCCCUAUGGGUAAGUCUUUUUAAAAUGGUCUUUUGGUGGCAUUGUUUGAGUUUACACCUAAUAGGGAAUUCUCAAAUCCAUGAUCGGGAAAGAUAUGACAAAAAUGACGCUUCCUGUAUCUUUCAAUGAGCCAACUUCCCUUCUUCAACGAGUGGCUGAGGAUAUGGAAUAUACGGACCUCUUGGAUCAAGCUGCUGACCGCUCUGAAUCAACCGAGAGAAUGGUUUACGUUGCCGCCUUUGCAGCUAGUGAAUAUAGCUCUACGAGUAACCGCGUAGCGAAGCCAUUCAAUCCGCUACUAGGAGAAACCUACGAAUACUGCCGCCCAGAUAAACAGUACCGAUUCUUUAUCGAGCAAGUCUCUCACCAUCCUCCUAUCGGAGCCGCAUGGGCAGAGGCCGAGAAGUGGGAUUAUUGGGGAGAGUCUGCUGUGAAAUCAAAGUUUUACGGAAAGAGCUUUGAUAUAAACCCAUUAGGGACUUGGUUUCUGAGGCUCAGAACUGUCGAUGGUACCGAAGAGCUGUAUACCUGGAAGAAAGUUACUAGCUCUGUGGUUGGUAUCAUCACCGGGAGUCCGUCGGUUGACAAUUACGGACCUAUGGAAAUCAAAAAUUGGACGACAGGGGACACUGGUCUUCUCGAUUUCAAAGCACGUGGAUGGAGAGGUGCAGGAUACGAAGUCAAGGGACGAGUCUUGAACUGUGAUGACGUACAAGUAUGGAGCAUCGGCGGCCGAUGGAACGACAAGAUUUACGCUCGCCUGAGUCCUGGAUACGAUGCCGUCAUUUCACCUCAAGAUGCCGUCAGUGUUCGCAGCGGUAAUCCUGGGUCCAAUGCUGCCUUCUUGGUUUGGCAGAGCCACCCUCGCCCACCUGCUCCAUUUAACCUUACCCCUUUCGCCAUCACUCUCAAUGCCCUGCCAGAGAGGCUGAAGCCCGUUAUUUGCCCUACGGACACAAGGCUGAGGCCUGAUCAACGUGCGAUGGAAGAAGGAGAGUACGAUUUCGCUGCAACGGAGAAGAACCGUCUCGAGGAGAAGCAGAGAGCCAAGAGAAGGGAGAGACAGGAGGCUGGCGUCGAAUACAAGCCGAGAUGGUUUGAGAAGGGAGCUUGUGACGUGACUGGCGAGGAGUACUGGGUUUUCAAGGGCGAGUACUGGAAAAACAGAGAUGAGGUGGCAGAUGGUGGUAGAUGGGUUGAGGUCGAGGACAUUUUUUAGAGAUACGGCUUAGACGUUGAGAGGGGUGUUUGGCCCUUUCCCUCUCAGGCUGGGCGUGCGUGAUAGGGGGUUGUCUUUUCUGGCUCAUGCGAUUGGAAUUAUGGGAGACUUUUGAUUUUUCUUUGCUUUCCCUUCUUUACUGAAGGCUUGAUGGUAUUUUUUGUUGUAAGUGAUAUGGAGUAAGCCAACAAUACAGUGUGUGAAAGGUUGCCUUGGGGGAGUUUGCAGGUUUGUU